UAUCAUCACAAAUUAACGAAUAAGUGAAUAGAAAAACAAGGUAAGGAAGAAAAUGGGCGAUAAAAUGCAUCUUAGUUUCCUUUUAUUUGCCAUGAUUGGCUGCAUUGUAUUUGUAUCUGCGAGUUCAACAACUCACAUUGUCGGAGACAGUGUAGGUUGGAGUAUGCCUAAUUAUCCUGAAUUUUUCGAAGAUUGGACCAAGAACAGAACCUUCGCCAUUGGCGACAUACUUCUUUUCCAAUACAACCCGGGGAUGAGCACCGUUGUUCAGGUAAACAAAAAUGACUAUGGUAAUUGCACUACAAGAAAUACCAUUCACACUUUCUUCAGAGGGAACUCAAGUGUUCUUUUAGACAAACCUGGUGACUAUUAUUUCUUCUGUUCUGUCGGCAAGCGUUGUGAGGCAGGACAAAAACUUUGGGUUAAUGUUCCUCAGGGUAACCCCUCCUCUCAUUGAUUUCAUCUUAUUUGCCCCAACUACUCUAUUUAUAUGUACAUAAAUCAUCGGCAUACAAUUUUCCAUUUUA